GCCCUUCACCCAGCUUCAGCUUACAAUCAUCACAAAGCGCAACGGGGCAUAAAUAAUAAUCAAUUUUCGUACAACAAAUCUCUGCUCCUGACUACAACAUCAGUGAUCGACGCUCUGCUUCUCCAUCGCACAAAACGAAAGUAAUAAUGGCUCGCGGUCAUCAGAAAAUUCAGUCGCAACAGAAGGCACAAGAGAAACAGGCCAAAAUGAAGAAACAGCAGGGCCACGGGCUGAGCGACCAGAUGAAGGCCGCCCAGAAGGCGCUCGUGUUUUCCUGCGCCGUUUGUAAAUCGCAGAUGCCCGACCCGAAAACGUACAAGCAGCACUUUGAAAAUAAGCACCCAAAGUCGGAGCUUCCGGAGGAACUGAAAGAUGUGUAACAGGGAAAGAAGUCCGAUGCGCAAGGGAACUGAGUGAGCCUGAUCCGGCGACCACCGUCGAUGUCAUUCCGAGAGGUUCGAUUCCACGAAUUGCUUCAACGAUGCAACGCUUUUACAUUUAAUACUCUUGCAUUCACGUUUGAUUAUAACACAACUUCUGUGAAUUCUGCUAGUUGGCGCUACCGUUACUUAAACGAGUAUUGAAUUUUUGAUGUAUUGUUCGGUUCUUGCAGGUUUAAUGUAAAUAGCUGGGUGCUUCGAAGCCAGGAGUACGUCGUGUCUGGCCUUGCGCACUCUUUCUCCCUUACACUUGACAAGUAGAGUAUUAAAUAAACUGAACUAAUAUACACCUGGAAAGCGUGAUGCUUCAUUCGUUGUACGAUGCAAUAAAUACUCAGC